GCUGGGUAAUAAUUAAUGUUUUUAUUAAAUUUGGAGGGGAUUUUUUGCAGCCCUUCGCCUAGCGUGGCUUCCAGUCCCGUUAGGUGCAAAGCAAGUCUCGUUGAUCGCCAUUGCUAGUUUUGCACACGUUUGCGAAUCAGCGCUGCCGGGGUACACUGACCGCGCUGGGAAACGUCGAGAGUGUAAAUAAAUGCUUCGCCUCUUGUUCGGAUUUUUGCUACUGCCGAAAAUAUGUAGAUUGUGAACUCUCUUGGCUCUCUUUGGAUCCAGGUUGAUAGAAGUCCAGAUCCCGAGGAAAUCUCCAGCUAAAUGCUAAAAAUAUAAAAUACUGAGCUGAGAUUUGCGAAGAGCAGCAGAAUGGAUGGAUUUUACGACCAGCAAGUGCCUUACAUGGUCACCAAUAGUCAGCGUGGGAGACAUUGUAACGAGAAACCUACAAAUGUCAGGAAAAGAAAAUUCAUUAACAGAGAUCUGGCUCAUGAUUCAGAAGAACUCUUUCAAGAUCUAAGUCAAUUACAAGAAACAUGGCUUGCAGAAGCUCAGGUACCUGACAAUGAUGAGCAGUUUGUGCCAGAUUAUCAGGCUGAAAGUUUGGCUUUUCAUGGCCUGCCACUGAAAAUCAAGAAAGAACCCCACAGUCCAUGUUCAGAGCUUGGCUCUGCCUGCAGUCAAGAACAGCCCUUUAAAUUCAGCUAUGGAGAAAAGUGCCUGUACACUGUCAGUGCCUAUGAUCAGAAGCCACACGUGGGGAUGAGGCCCUCCAAUCCCCCAACACCAUCCAGCACCCCAGUGUCCCCACUGCAUCAUGCAUCUCCAAAUUCAACUCACACUCCUAAACCUGACCGGGCCUUCCCAGCUCACCUCCCUCCGUCGCAGUCCAUACCGGAGAGCAGCUACCCCAUGGACCACAGAUUUCGCCGCCAGCUUUCUGAACCCUGUAAUUCCUUUCCUCCGUUGCCGACAAUGCCAAGGGAAGGGCGUCCUAUGUACCAACGCCAGAUGUCUGAGCCAAACAUCCCUUUCCCACCUCAAGGGUUUAAACAGGAGUACCAUGACCCAGUGUAUGAACACAGCACUAUGGUUGGCAGUGCGGCCAGCCAAAGCUUCCCCCCUCCACUGAUGAUUAAACAGGAACCCAGAGAUUUUGCGUAUGACUCAGAAGUGCCUAGCUGCCACUCCAUUUAUAUGCGGCAAGAAGGUUUUCUGGCUCAUCCCAGCAGGACAGAAGGUUGUAUGUUUGAAAAGGGCCCCAGGCAAUUUUAUGAUGAUACCUGCGUUGUCCCAGAGAAAUUUGACGGGGAUAUCAAACAAGAGCCGGGAAUGUACCGAGAAGGGCCCACAUACCAGCGGCGGGGCUCCCUGCAGCUGUGGCAGUUUUUGGUCGCCCUGCUGGAUGACCCUUCCAAUUCCCACUUCAUUGCCUGGACUGGUCGAGGAAUGGAAUUUAAACUGAUUGAGCCCGAAGAGGUGGCUCGGCGUUGGGGCAUUCAGAAAAAUAGGCCAGCAAUGAACUAUGAUAAACUUAGCCGUUCACUCCGCUAUUAUUAUGAGAAAGGAAUCAUGCAAAAGGUGGCUGGAGAGAGAUAUGUCUACAAAUUUGUGUGUGACCCGGAAGCUCUUUUCUCCAUGGCCUUUCCCGAUAAUCAGCGCCCUCUGCUGAAGACAGACAUGGAGCGUCACAUCAACGAGGAGGACACUGUCCCUCUGUCGCAUUUUGACGAGAGCCUGGCCUACAUGCCUGACGGCGGCUGCUGCAAUCCUCACCCCUACAGUGAAGGCUAUGUCUAUUAGCACCAGAGACUCGCAAGCAGGGCUGCCUCGCACCUGUCCUCUUUCAAGAUGCAGAGAAUCGCCGGAUUCUCGUCGAGUUUUGUUUUAAUUUUUUGUUGUUUGUAUUUUAUUUUUAAAUACUACGAAAGGGGGGAGGGGCCUUUUCCUGUUGCAUUAUUCUAUGGUCUGCCAUGGACUGCGCACUUUAUUUGUGGGUGGGUGGGAGUAAUCUAAACAUUUAUUCUCUGUAACAGGAAGAUAAUGGGUUAAUGGGGGUGGGGCGGGGGAGGGAUGACUUUUUACUUUGGCUCUGGAUGGGGUCUUACAGGUUUUAAGUAUAACGAAGCUCUAUCAUGUCUGUUUGAUUUCAUAACAGCAUAAGAUAACAUUCAUUUUCUCUGGGUAUCUAUGGUACAGUUAAUCACAUUGUGGAAAUACCCACUCAGAAAUGAUAUGCCUUGGGCAGCCCCCCCCCCCCCCCCAUGAUUUCUGAGUCUCUGCCAGUGUACAAGAGAAACCUCUACUCUAAAUGGCAGUUCACUUUGUUAAAAUAACUGGUUUUGCACCUCUUGUGAAAAGGUGUUUAGAGAUUGCAUUUGCCUUUGUUUGUUCUGCUUUAUAUAUGACUCAAAGAGGAAAACCAGAAAGAAGGUUUCCUCUGGAGUUUGGCAAUCACCUUGACUACAAAUGAAGGGCACAAUUUUGGACUCUGGCUCCUAACUGAGUCACAGGCCAGUAGCAUUACCUGUAGCUGGUGCCACCUUGUCAUUUAGGCGUAAAUCAUACUCUCUUUUCAAUAUUCCGGAGCCCAUUUCAGUUAAAAAUCACGUGUCAUUGUCCUUUGGGAUCUCAGUUAAAUAUUAAAUCUCAGAUUACAGUAAAGCAAAAACAGAGGGGAAAAAAGGAUUCUUCACUUCCUUCAAUACAUAAAUAUAUUAUUUAAUCAGUAAGAUUUAACUUUACUAAAUCACAUAUAAGCUGUUCUAGAUGCAGCGAGCACUCCUUAAGAAAAAUAUCCAAUACACUAAAUAGGUACUAUAGUAAUUUUUAGCCAUGGUACCCAUUGAUAUGCAUUUAGACCUUUUACCGCUGUGUUAUGUUGAUAACAUAUAUAAAUAUUAGAUAAUGCUAAUGCUUCUGCUGCUGUCUUUUCUGUAAUAUUCUCUUUCAUGCUGAAUUUACUAUGACCAUUUAUAAGCAAUGCAAUUAACUACAGAUAGCAUUUCAGGACAAAAUAGAUGACUAAAACCAUUUAUUGCUUAAAAAAUAGCUUACGCCAUGCUAUGCUCUAAGCGGCUUUUAUGUGCACUGGUAAAAAGAAGAUUAAGGAAGCUUCCGCUUGCUAAAGGGAACUGGAAACUUCUGUAACUUUUGGUGAAAUGGAAAGUAUUUGCAAACUGUCGACGAAUCUGAUGUAGUAGCUGUGUGACAUAGUGCCGGCACUGGGAGUACCUAUCAUCUUGUUUUAGACACUCAUGUAAAUGUGAUUGAAUUGUUUGAAAGAAGAUUUAAAGAUUUAAAGUUGCAAACCUUUUUUGUUUUGUUUUGCUUUGCUUUUGGAGAAAAUGCUGAAAAUAGGUCAUGUGGUUUCAUUCACUUUGAAAAAGACAUUAAGCAAAAGAUGUUGAGCAAUGGCCUGCUGAAAGACUCAAGAUAGAAACAUAAGUUUUCUUCAAUCCGUGGGUAUCCCAGAGGAAAACUUUCCCUGCCCCCAGAUUCUAUAACAAAAUGUUAAAAAAAAGAAAAAUCUAACCACAAAAUCAAAUCCAAUCGAUGGGAGCAUUUCAUGUAAACAAGCAUAGAAAAAUUGUUUAAAGAUGAUCCCUCAGCUUCCUGUAUUCCACCUCUCCAGCCGAAAUAUCUACUAGGAUAUUUAUUGGGAACACCUCCAGACCCAACUCUAUUCAAAUUCAAGCUUCUCAAAAACAUAUUAUAAUUUCAACACAUAUAUUUAACACACGUGUUCUCUGUGGCUGUUCUUAUAUAUAUCCCAUGUCAUCAGGCUCAUGAUGGGCUGUAACUCUGCCUUAAGAACCAGAACCUUUGUGUUGUUGUUGUUGUUGUUGUUUUAACUGUGCUCAUGUGGCCAUUGCAGCACUUAAGAGCAGACUAAAAUAACUAGCUAAUGGUAGAAAAAGAAUGAGAUAAUUGGAUAAGUUGAAGGAACAAAGUUUAAGUGGGUCAUUAAAAUAAGGUCUAUGAAAGGUCUAUAUUGUGGAUCUUUUUCUCUUUUUCCCCUCUUAAAAAAAAUAUUUUAAUUCUAGUCUGCCAGUGGGAAUCAAUUGGGCCAGGAGUUAAAAGAGUCAAAAGAUCUGGUAUUAAUAAUAUAAUAUUUUAAAUUUAUAUUUUGCUGAUUAAUGUAGUGAUAAACUGAACUAAGUAGUAAUUGAUCAAUAUUAAGUCUUUUUUCCAAUACAUUAUAAAUUCUUGGGAAAUGUUUCUAAGGUUUUUUGUUUUGUUUUUCAGAUUCUGUUUUUAUUCUACUUUUUCUUUUGUUGUGCUUUUAUUUUUGGUUAGAUUAAUAAAUCUGGCAGCUGAUUUCUGCAAAAUCUCAGUGUUUUGAAUUUCUAAUUGAAUUAGCUAAUCAAAUAUGAAAACCAAUGAUGUUUUCCUUCAACUUGAUAAAAGAAAUGAUUUCUACUAUUGGUUGCUACCUCUUGGUGAUCAAUAACAUUCUAUCAACAAACUAAUAACAACAACAAAAGUUACAUCCUAAAUAGCUAGUGGUAAAUGAUUCUACUUAAGCUAAGAAAGAUAGAAAGAUAGAACCAAGAAACUGAGAGUGCAGAAUAGCUUUCUCCAAUAAUAGAAAAAUGUUAGAAGUCAUUUAAUUAAGCCUUUUAACAGGUUUUAUUAUUUUCCUAUUGUGGCUAUAACAAUGUAACACUCGUUUAGUUGCUUACAACAACUUCCAUAUAUCCUCAUAUAGUUCUGGAGGUCUGAAGUCCAAAAGAGGUUUAAGAGUUUUUAAAAAGCUCAAAAUUGUUGUGUCAGCAGCUUUGAUUUCUUCUGGAGUCUCCAAGGGAGAAUCGGAUUCUCGCCUCUUCUAGUGAUGGCCAGCACACCUGGGCUUCGGGCUGCAUCCCUGCAAUAGAUGCUGAGUGGUCACAUCUCUUAAGAAGACAUAUCUCCUCUUACCUUUUUCUUAUAUGGACACGUUCAGGUCCAUUUAGACAUUCCAAGAUAUCUCUGCACUUCAAGACCAUGAACCAUAGCUACAAAUGCUAUUUUCCCUGUACGGAAAUCAUUCAUAGGUCCUGGGAAUUAGGACACGGUCAUCCCAGCGUGUGUGUAUGUGCGCACGCGCUUGACAUUAGCCAGGCUACUACACAGUUGAAGACAUGUAUCAAAAUUAUUAAAUGACUUACCUAUAGAGAUAAAAAAAUUAUUGAAGAACCUAAGAUUAGGGAUCACUGAAAUGCUUUUUUUCUUAUUCUUCAGGUAUUCAUUCCCAUCUUCACAUAAAUGAUACUACAAGCAUAUUGUAUUAAAACUUCUCUAUUCCACUAAAGCGUCUGGUAUUCACAUUAAGCUUUUAUUUAUCCUCCCACCCCUACCCAAAGCAAAGUCUGUAAUGAUAGAAUAGAUGGAUGACUAUAGAAGAGUGAUGGCAACUCUAAUUCUGUGCAAAAUGGAACUAGGUUUAUAAUAAACUUCCGUUGAUGCUAGUAUGAGUAAUUACUAUGUGACCAUAACCUUCUAAAAGGUGAUCACUAUUUAUUAGAUAACAUUAUGUAGAAUAUAUCUUAUUCAAAGGAAAAUACACUAUGGGUUUAUUUACCCUUACUAUAAUGACAAGGAGAGAAAUAAUGUUACUUAUAAUAUUUGGCUAUAUAAGUUUUUUAAAAAGAAGCCACUUCAUAUAUCAUGAAACACAUAAAGCUUAUAAUGAGAAGACAUCAAAGUAGUAUAUUUGAGUGUUAGUUACAUGGAACAUUAUAGAGAAAAAUGAAAAUUUAAGAAUAAAAAUGAGUAAAUUAUUUUCUACUUUUAGUUUGGUGUGAGGAAAAAAAUAGACUUGUAAUAAAACAAAAAUCAGGUACGAAUACUGGUAGGAGAAUCUGAAGAAGAGUACUAUAAAUACCAAACCGUUGUGAUAACGAUCGCAGGAAGUUCAAGUAUCGGGAGCAGUUCUUCCCAUUGUGGCUCUGUCCUCAGUACUCAACAGUCAGGGUUUGAUUUUUGUUGUUACAUAGGAAACUAACUUAGAAAGAUUUUUUUUUUAAGUUACAGAAAUACAUAAUCUCAAAAAGACUGACUAGAGAGCUGGCUUCCUUUUUAGAAAUUUGAUUUUAGAGUGUACAUAUAAGCACUUAAAAUAACCGACUUAGAAAUUCAUAUGUAAGGUAGGAUUUUUGUUUAGUUGAUUGCCUAUAAAAUUCAUUAUUUGUAUUGGUUAGAAUUCUAAAAGCAUGCUAUGUCUAUGAGGAAGUUAUUCAUCUUGCAUUAACAUUAUACUUAAGAUUUGAGAAAACAUGCUUUGAAUUUCAUGUGUUUAUAGCAAUUAAAUAUGCUCAAAAUUAAAAUAAUAAAAGCACAGAAACUGAAAACA